GAAGUUGGGGUUAUUGUUGUUGGAGUUGGUGGAGUGGCUUGCUAGUUGCUAGUAAGUCCCGUGUCCUAUUUUUUUUACGUGAGUAAUAUGUAUGUUGUCCAGUAUUUAGAGGACUACAUAGUAGACGUUGUGUAUGAACGCCAGACAAUUUUGAAUGGGUUUUGUCACAGUCGGUUGGACUUUGCAAAUCUAUUCUGUUUUGCCAGUUAGCUAACGUUAGCUAGCGUAACUUCCGAUUUUUGCUUUCGCGUGUCAGUACAACAACAGACAUAUGACAGCUUGCUAAAGUUGCAUUCAGAUGUUUAGCAAGUGUCACACUUUCUCAAGAUGCUGCAUUCAAAUGUGUAUGUAAUGCAUUUACGUUUGCAGUGUGCCUAUGCUUUCAUUUAGCUAACAAGCUAGAGCAGGGGUGUAUUCACUAGGAACGAAACGGAGAGGGUCCUACCUGAAUACGUCCAAUAUAACAUAAUGUUUUCGCUGUAAAAAGUUGUCCGAUGCAAAACGUUUUGGACUAAUGAUUACACCCCAGAUAUAGUAGCGCUGUUUUGUUUGCGCGUGGUCACUGUGAACUUUAAUCUAUUGUACAUGACAGUGCCAGGCUGCCUGCAUCAUGUCACUGCUUAGCCUUGUGGAUCAAGCCAUCAAGUUGUGCAAAGUAGAGGAGAUCAAGAUAAACGAGAACAUCCUUCAAUACAGGGAGAUACUGCGUUCUUUGAGACCACAGCAGGAAGACUGCAAGGAAAUAGAACUGACAGAUGAUGUUGAAAAGGACCCAGAUGUCCAACUGGAGGAGAGACGGGAGAUGGAACUGCUGAAUCGAUUGCUGGAGAAGGCCCUCAGAGUUCGCGUUGGCACAGCACCCCAAAAAGACCCUCAGAACUGUACAGGACCAAAGAAAGAACCAGUGGACACUACACAGGGAAAGGGAAGGGCUCUGACCCCAGGUGGCACCAAAGGGAAUAAAAAUGGCAUUAAAACUACCUCCAAACCCAUCACGAUGGACAAAAAAGAGUCCAAAAAGUAUUCUGCGUCCCAUCUCUACAGGGGUGGAAGGGGGAGGAUGGGUCAUCCGGUAGGUCUUUCAGGACAAGGCAGGGCAAGCAUGAUCAGAAGCUCUGUCCAGAUCCAGAAACGAUCUGUCGUGUCAUCAAAGGAGUUUCCACCCGAGUCCUCUGGGAAGGCAGUGAAGCAGGCUGGUCCUCCAGGUCCUGUGUCACAUAAUCAGGGUCAAUCACCGCAGGCCUCAUCAGCACAUCAUCAGGUUGAGGUGUCCCACAGGUGGUUGUCAGCUGUAGCCACUUCCUUCCAGCCCCCUAACGGGGACACGGUGUCUGUUUCACACAUGGAGGGGAUGCCAAAAGCACAUGUAAUUUCACCUCCACAGAAUGGGUUAUGGGACAAAGUCCUGGCUCUACAAUCCAAACCUGUGGCGGAGAGGAGUCACUUCACGGAGAGAGUGAAAGCCACUUUCCCCAGAGAGUGGCCAACCAGUGGCAGUCCGGCCGACACCGGGGCUCAGGUGGACAGACUGACACAGCUUUGCACGGAUCUGAGUCAUUGCUACCAGAGCGAGCGGCUGCUGCUGCUGACUGGCCAGACCUUCAGAACCUCUGGCACUGAGCCAGGAACAUGCCAGAAGAGGGAAUAUGAGACCUUGCUGAUGCUGGAAGGCCUGGACAAGAUGGUGGCAGACCUCCGGAAACAUGCUGGACAGCUGAGAAAAGAGCGGGAGGCAUGGGAUCGAUGGAGGAGGCCGAAGGGGGAAGGAGCGGGCGCGUUCUGCCCCGUCAGAAGUAAGGGCGAGUGGGGUGACCUGAGUGGGGUGACCCCCUUGCCCCCCACCCUGACCUACACCAGCCAGGCAGAGCUCCAGGAGGUGGAGAGGCUGAGGUUGCGAGUUGAGCUGCUACAGCAGGAGGUGCACCUGCAUCAGGCUCUGUCUGACACCAUGGUCAUGCCCUCCGCUCCUGGACUUCCCAACCCCGCCGCGCUCCGUGACAUUUACUCCCUGCUUGGAGAGGGAGGGGUGAUGUUUCCUACUCUGGUUCUGGACACAGAACCUGACUAAAGGAACAGGCCAAGUCACCUGGGUCAUGUUUAUUAGGGCACACAAUGCAGCAGAAAACAAAAAUGAAAGUUUCUAAUUGGAGAAGUCCAGGUAGCCCCUCCCUGUUUCAUUCGGUCUUCUUCCAUUUGGUGCCUAAUGAACACGACCAAGAAAGACUAUUGAAGAAUAGACCAAUGAAUGUCUAAGGAGGGGACACUGAGAACAGAGGAAGAAGGAUGGAGAAUCUUCUGAAAAGGAUUUUUGUGUUUUGGGAAUGUCAAUCUGUGUAUUUAUUUGGAGUGAUUGAGCAUUUUGGUUAUACAUUGUUCAUUUUUGUAUAUUGUAAGACUCUUAUAAUUAGAUUAAAUUAUUCAAAUUGA